AUGUUCCUUCUGAACAGCUGCACACAUAUCUGCAAUGUUUUCAUGUUCUUCUGGUUGUUUGGUCUCCUAAAAUGUGCAUCUCUGUUGACAUUUUGUUGGCCAUAUUGGAAACAUUUGAACCACUCGUACACUCGUGUCCGGCUCAUAAACUCCUUUCCAUAUACUUUCUGCAAUUUUGCAUCGGUUUCUGCACGGUUUGUUAUUCACCAUCUGCUACUUUACUUCAUCUGUUUUGCUUUUUUUUCUUCCUCAAUCUACCCCUCUAUUAUCUUCCUCAUUUCACUCAUACAUAUUACACACACUCUCUCUCUCUUUCUUUCCUUUUUUCUUCCUCAGACUAGCCCUCUCAUCUCUUCCUCCUUUCACUCAUACAUAUUCCACCCUUUCUCUCUCCCUUUUUUCUUCUUCAUCCUGCCACUAUCAUCUCUUCCUCAUUUCACUCAUACAUAUUCCACAUUCUCUCUCUCACCCACUUUUUUCUUCCUCAUUCUACCACUCUCAUCUCUUUCUCCUUUCACUCAUACAUAUUCCACAUUCUCUCUCUCACCCACUUUUUUCUUCCUCAUUCUACCCCUCUCAUCUGUUUCUCCUUUCACUCAUACAUAUUUGACCCUCUCUCUCACCUUUUUUCUUCCUCAUUCUACUCCUAUCAUCUCUUCCUCAUUUCACUCAUAUGUAUUCCACUCUCUCUCUCUCUCUCUCCUUUUUCCUUCCUCAGACUAUCCUUCUCAUCUCUUCCUCCUUUCACUCAUACAUAUUCCACCCUCUCGCUCUCCCUUUUUUCUUCUUCAUUCUACCCCUCUCAUCUCUUUCUCAUUUCACUCAUACAUAUUCCACACUCUUUCUCUCUCUUACCCCCUUUUUUCUUCUUCAGUCUACCCCUCUCAUCUCUUUCUUAUUUCAAACAUACAUAUUCUACCCUCUCUCUCUCUCCCUUUUUAUUUUCCUCGUCUUACCCCUCUCAUCUCUUCUUCCUUUCAUUCAUUCAUACUCUUGCUAAUCUUUCAAUCUUUUCUCUAUCUUUUCAAUUCUUUUGCCAUCUUAAGAUCUUAA